GAUAUGAAUGUAUUUUUAGAUGAUCCAGAAUUUGCAGAAAUUAUUCUGAGAGCAGAGCAAGCUAUAGAGUGUGGAGUUUUUCCAGAAAGAAUCUCUCAAGGAUCCAGUGGGAGUUACUUCGCCAAGGAUCCCAAAGGGAAAACUAUCGGAGUGUUCAAACCAAAAUCUGAAGAGCCUUAUGGACACCUAAAUCCGAAAUGGACCAAAUAUUUUCACAAAGUUUGUUGUCCUUGCUGCUUUGGCAGAGGCUGCCUCGUUCCAAAUCAGGGAUACCUCUCUGAAGCUGGUGCCUAUCUUGUGGAUGACAAGCUGGGACUAGGAGUUGUACCUAAAACUAAGGUUGUCUGGCUUGUCAGUGAGACCUUUAAUUACAGUGCAAUAGAUCGUGCAAAGUCCAGAGGAAAAAGAUAUGCUUUAGAGAAAGUGCCAAAAGUUGCUAAAAAAUUUAAUCGAAUUGGACUACCUCCUAAGGUUGGUUCCUUCCAGCUGUUUGUUGAAGGUUAUAAGGAAGCUGACUACUGGCUCAGGAAGUUUGAAACUGAUCCUUUACCUGAGAACACAAGGAAAGAAUUUCAGUCUCAGUUUGAAAGAUUGGUUAUCUUAGAUUAUGUCAUCAGAAAUACAGACAGAGGUAAUGAUAACUGGUUAAUCAAGUAUGAAAAACAAGAUGAAGGACUUGAUCUGUCAGAUAAGGAUGGCCAGUGGACUAUAGCUGAAGAAUCUACUAUUAAAAUUGCUGCGAUUGACAAUGGUUUAGCGUUUCCUUUUAAGCAUCCUGAUGAGUGGAGGGCAUAUCCAUUUCACUGGGCUUGGCUGUCUCAAGCAAAAGUUCCUUUCUCUCAGGAGACCAGAGACUUAGUUCUUCCUCGCAUUUCUGACAUGAACUUCGUGCAGGAUCUUUGUGAAGAUCUUUAUGAGCUAUUUAAGACUGAUAAGGGAUUUGACAAGGCUACUUUUGAAAACCAAAUGUCCGUUAUGAGGGGGCAGAUACUAAACCUUACUCAGGCGUUGAAGGAUGAGAAAAGUCCCCUUCAGCUUGUUCAGAUGCCCCGUGUGGUCGUGGAGCGCAGCAGCACCGGGAGCCAGGGCCGGAUUGUUCAGCUGAGCAACGCGUUCACACAGACCUUUCAUAGCAGGAAGCCUUUCUUUUCCUCCUGGUAGCAACAAAAUGAGGUGGGAAGAGUAAGUUUCUUUUAAGUUCAGAAAGCUAUUUCUGCGUGAAGGCUCUGCAAUAACUUCUGCUGUAGACCAAGAGCUCUGACUGUUGACACCUCAGAACUUAAAUUCUAAAGAUUUAAGACAUGUAUUUUGAAUGUAAUAAAAGUUUACAAUAUUUGUGUCAAAAUUGUGAAUACUUAUGUCAGGGAAUGAGAAAAACUUGUCCAUAUUGUAUUUUUAUAGGCUAAAUUAAUGUAUUCUGAAUAAGGGAAGAUACACGGUUUGCAUAUGCUGAGAAACUACUUUUGAAUACAAUGGGAAUUCUUUUUGUUUAAUACUGAGAACCUGUACACUAUCAAUUUCUUUUUAUAUUGUCUUCAAAAAAA